CUUCUCCCAUUGCUUUCUUCUCUAAAUAUGUUGUCUAUACCAUUUAACAUAUUCAUCUGCAAACCAAAAAAGCUUUCCAUUGAUUCUAUAUAUCCGCAGAGAAGCUUUUACGAAGCUCUUCUUUUCACUAGUAGGAGUAUAAUUUACUUUCCUCAAAAACUUUCCUUAUAAUCUCUGAUUUUGUCCCCUUUUCUCCUUGUCUCAAUUCUUCUCUUUAACGGUUCUUAUUUAAUUCUCUUUAUUCUCUCAGAAUCUCUCUUUAAUCUCUUUCGCUUUCAAUGCCACUUUGAUAACACACACACACACGCACCAUGUUGCCUACAAAAUACACUGAACAUCUCCACCAAAUCACCACGAUGGAAUAUUCCCCCAAUCUCUCCCCGAUGAAGACGCUCCGCGUCUCCGUCACCGACGCCGACGCCACCGACUCCUCCAGCGACGAUGACGCCACCGCCGCCGCCUCUCACCUCAAGCGCCGGAGAGUCAGAAAAUACAUCCACCAAGUCACAAUUCGCCCCUGCUGCGGAGACGGAGACUACAAGGCGCGGCCGCCGGAGAAGAGGCGGAGCGGCGGCGGCGGAGGGAGAAAAUCGAAGAAUGCGGCGGGAAAGGCGGCGGAAUGCGGCGGCGCGAGGAAAUUCCGCGGCGUGCGGCAGCGGCCGUGGGGGAAGUGGGCGGCGGAGAUUCGAGACCCCAUGCGGCGGGUGCGGCUGUGGCUGGGGACCUACGACACGGCGGAGGAGGCCGCGAUGGUGUACGACCACGCGGCCAUCCAGCUGCGUGGGCCCGACGCGCUGACCAAUUUCAACCCAGGAGGGUACAACAAGGACAGGUCAGGGUACACCUCGUCGUCGCGCGAUAAUGCCGCGUCACCCAAAUCGGUGCUCCGCUUCUUCUCACCCGAGGCGGAGGCGGAGACGUCGUAUGCGGCGGGAGAAGCCGAGGGCGGCGCGGAUUUCCCGAUUUUCCCUCUCGGCGACGAUUUGUUCUCGGAUUUGGGGGAACCGGUUGGCGCACCCGGUUGGUUUGAUCAGGAAACCGAUUUGUACGGAACGGGUAUCGCGUGGUGCGCUGACGUGGUUUCGGAGUCGGGUGCGGACUUGGGAGCGAGAUUCGGGUCGGGUGAUGAUUUCUUUCUUGAGUUUGGGGAUGUCUUCGGGUCGGAUCCGCUCGUAACUCUGUGAGGAGGCGUUUUGAUAUAUAUAUAUAUAUAUAUAUAUAUAUAUAUAAAUAUUUUGCUGAGUUAGGGAAGAGUUUUAGUUUGGGUUGUUGGAUAGAUUUCGAAUGUAAAACUGGAGUGUUUAUGAGUAAAAGAAGUGUUAUUAUAUUAGCUUAAGUAAAUGGAAUUUGUUCUUUUAUGUUGUUA